GUAACGAUUAAUCGUCGUUUAAUGUAAAUGUUGCUUGAACAACUUUGGGAAGCUACAUAUACUUUUACAUAAUUAUUAUUUGAGGCCAAGCUCAAUAAUUAUUCACAAAUGUUUCAACAUCACACAAACCAACAUUCUUGAUUCCAGAAAAUAGAGUAUAUAGCCGUACAGAUACACCUCGGUGUAUCCGGCCAAGAUGCGUAUACCUACCGAAAAGCUGUCAAUUGCGUUGCUGUUAGCUCUACCAGCUGCCGUGCGCGCCGUCUUCAAAGACGAAGCUGGCCACAUCGACUACCACCACGAGCUCCUAGGCCUCCCCCAACGCGAGACCACCUUCUACCAUCGACCUAGACCCCAAGAUAAAGCAACCCUUCUAUACACCCUUAGCGAUUUAGGCGUCCUCGGUGCCGUUAACCCCGGCAAUGGAGCUCUCGUAUGGCGCCAAUUGCUUAACAACAACAUCACCAACGGCGGAGGCCAUCUCCGCGCCGGCGAGGAUGAGUCUUGGGUCACGAGCGCCUUGGGAAGCUCUGUGCAUGCCUGGGAUGCCAUCACGGGGCGCAAUGCGUGGACCCUAGAUUUUGAUGGGGUGGUCAAGGAUCUUGAGAUCAUGGAGAUGACGACGAGCGACCACAAGGACGUCCUAGCUCUACACGAAGAAGACGGCACAACGAUUGCCCGCAGAAUAGAUGGUGUUGAGGGACGCGUUGUCUGGGAGUUCAGGGAGGUGAACAAUGCUGUCCCGCUGCAGGUUAGCACCAGCGUUGAGAAGGUGUUUGUCGUUACCCUACAUGGUUCGCUACUGUCGUACAACCUGAAGGUCAUUGUCCUCGAUAUCGCGACCGGCAAGAAGCUUGAUGAGAUUAUCGUUGGCACAAAGGGCGAGGUGCAAAAGCCCGAGGACGUGCAGUUUGUCGGAGCGAAUUCCGUGGCUCCCGUUCUGGCGUGGACGGAUAACGCUCUGACGACGCUCAAAGUCAAUGUUCUCGGUUCCAAGGCUAGACACGAAUUCCCUCUUGUGGCCAAUGCUGUCAGCGUCGAGGUUCACGCACCCCAUACCGUCAAUUCCUCGCCUCACUUCCUCGUCCACACUCGGACCAAGACCGGAAGCAAAGCAGAUGUGUUCCAUAUCGAUCUCAAGAGUAAUGCUAUCAGCAAGGCAUAUGAGCUACCACUACUUGAAGGUGCAAGUGCCUUUUCCACAAGUUCUUCGGCUUCUAAUGUCUAUUUCACUCGCAUUGCUUCCGAUGAGAUUAUUAUCACUUCUUCUACUUCUCAUGGUAUUCUUGCACGAUGGCCUUUGCAAACGAGGGUUGAUUCGAAAAUCCCGGUUGUGGUACAUGGUGUCUCCGAGGUCAUCAAGAAGGCGUCGGAAGACGACUACGCGGUACGGUCCACAAUUGUCACAACUUCUCACGACUGGACUCAGCUUGCUUAUGGCCUUGUCUCCUGGACCCGACCCGAAGGUUUGAGUGGUGCUGUUGCUGCUACCUGGGCCGAGAUUCCAGAGUCCGAAGAUCUAGCGAAGACAUUGGAGGCGGAAGCUCAUACUGAUCCAUGGUCUGCUUUUGUCCACCGUAUCACCCGUCAUAUCGAUGAACUUCAAUAUCUACCCGCGUAUUUGCAAGCCGUCCCUGGCCGUCUCAUCGACAGUAUCCUUGGCUCGGAGACAUCUGCACAUGAUGGUGAAUUAUCACGAGAUAGCUUUGGAUUUAACAAGAUUGUUGUUUUGGCAACGAAGCGUGGCCAGCUAUACGGACUUGAUGCUGGCAACCAUGGAAGAAUCAUAUGGUCCAAACCAGUAAACGAGACACCCGGAGGGAAACCCUGGGACGUAAAGGCUAUCUACGCGGAUGAUGCCAAGGGGCUUGUCACGGUUCGAGGAGCAAAUGGCGAAUCCAUCACCAUCAAACCCGAUACCGGUAAAACUGUUGAGUCACUGCCGACUGGCUUAGACUCGUCCGUGGAAACCGCAGUCUUGGUAGAGAGCGACGCUGGCCCUUGGCUAUUGCCUAUUGGCGAAGGUGGGAAGAUUCCCGAGAUCCAAAGCUCGUGGGCCCCCAAGCAGACUGUUGUCACACGAACAAGCGACGGUGGAAUUAGGGGGGUUAAUUUUGUGGCUAAGGGUGAUCAAGCGGCCGAGGAAACUACCUGGAUCUUCAACCCUCCUACAGGACAGAAGAUCAUCGAGGUAGCAAGCAGAUCUACACAUGACCCGAUAGCAUCGAUUGGUCGGGUACUAGGAGACCGGACUGUCAAGUAUAAGUAUCUUAAUGCCAACACCUUGGUAGUUGCGACAAUUGACGAGCAAGUCAACUUCCUUUCGGUCUACCUCUUGGACACAGUCUCCGGACAAGUCUUGGCCUCGUCAACCUACGAAGGAGUUGAUCCCACCAAAGGAAUUACCUGCGCCAUGGCUGAGAACUGGUAUGUGUGCUCGUUCUUUGGGCAAUACAAACUACGGGAUCCCCAAUCGCAAAGCCUAAAGGGGUACCAAGUCGUGGUGACCGAUCUCUAUGAAUCUGAGAUCGCUAACGACCGCGGUCCGCUCGGCGACUCGGCUAACUACUCGUCGCUCGACCCGAUCAACUUUCCCACUUCUCCUUACCUUCCCGCCACAGAGUCCAAGACGUAUAUCCUCUCCAGUCCCAUCACUUCUCUAGCCGUGACCAAGACACGCCAGGGCAUCACUUCCAGACAACUACUCGCAUACAUGCCAGACUUACAUUCCAUCGUCGGAAUCCCGCGCUUCAUCCUCGAGCCCCGUCGACCCGUUGGACGCGAUCCCACACCCGCCGAGGUCGAAGAGGGACUCACCAAGUACGUCCCUGCGAUCGAGAUCGAUCCCCGCAUGCUGAUCACGCAUCUCCGGGAUGUCCUCGGCGUCAAGGAGAUUCUGACUACCCCCGCCGUGCUCGAGAGCACGUCUCUGGUGCUCGCGUACGGCGUCGACGUCUUCGGGACAAGGGUCGCGCCUAGCCAGGCCUUUGAUGUCCUAGGCAAGGGUUUCAAUAAGCUGGCUUUGGUCGGGACGGUGGGCGCGCUGGUUGUGGGUGUUGCUGUGUUGAGACCUAUGAUCCGGAAGAAGCAGAUUGAUGCUCGCUGGAGGUCGUGAAUGGGUUGAUUAGGUGGGCGGAUGGACGGAUGGUGGGAAAUCGGAUAGGCUAGGGAAGGGAAACGAGAAAUGAAGCUGACAGAACAUCUACCUACCUAAAUACCUAUGGCUGGGGGGAAUAGGGCGGUGCCGUGAUGUCCCGUGGUGUCCUAUGGUAUCAUGGAUAUGAUGGAUGUGAUGUAUUUGUACAAACACGUUGUCUCGAGAGAUGUAUAGAUCUUCGUGGUUUACCAUUGCGAGGCUUGUUGAAGAUGCACCAGGUAAUCGAACUCAACUCAGGUUAGGUUAGGUUAGGUAGACGCUUUGGUCGAGGCUACAUAUGUAACCUUAGGUAGGUAGGUACCUUGGUAACUAAUGCUUUAUGCUGUACUUCUUAUGCCCUUUA